AUGCUGAACAUCAGGUCGUCUCGUUGUCUGGACGUACUGCCUUCGACCUUAGCACGCAUCACAACACACCACGCAACUACUCACCCCAGAUCCUUCACCAUGUCUUGGAUGGACUCAUGGAGUCGUCCUUCGGCUAAUUCGAAAAUACCUGCCCCAUUGUACAUGUCCGCAGAGGACGUGCCGUACUGCCAUACUUGUGGUAGAGUGAUGAGCUCGAAGAAGCUGAACAAAAAGCAGAACGAGGUCAAGUACUGCUCUGACAGAUGUCGAAACCGGAAGCCAGGGGCGAAAGAUCGCCAAAUCGAGAAGAAGAUCGCUGCCUUACUGAACGGCGAGGAGGGGUCUGGUAUCGAGAACACAGCUGCAAAGGGCAAACUGGUAAAAGGAGACCCAAGGCUCAUCGUGACUUGUGACGAGAUUGAAGAAGCCGUGUUUGGCAGUAGAUUCGACCCAGAGAAGGUUUAUGGCCGCAGAAAGAAUCGAAGGACCCGCGCUAUCGGUGACCCGAAUGCAGAGUGGAAGAGUGUCGACAUGGAGAGCGCGGACGACGCACAGUCAGUGGAGGAGAAUGGAUCAGUGGAGGAUCUAGAGGACUCAGCACCUUCGGAAGAGGGAGGAAUUCCGAUCAUCGACAACUUCAACAUCAGCCACGUGCGACCCCCGCAGCAAGACUCCGAGAUCAACUUCAGUGCUGGUGGUGGCGAGCGGAGUAAAGCGGAGAAGAUUGAGGAGUCGGUGGAUGACCUUGAGAAGCGGCGACAAGGUGCCAAGCGCGCUGAAGAACGCGAGAUGGUACGACGUGCAGCGAGACGAGCUAUUGUGUUCGGGCUUGAGGUGCCAAGACUAGAGCCCGUAGUCCAGAAGCCUUCCAAGACGAAAGGUAAAUCGAAGCGUGGCGGAGGAGGAGGCACCGACGACGAGGCUGAUGUCUCUCCCACGGAGAUACGUAAAGCUGAGGCACUGAUGAGCGGAAUGGUGGUCGAGCCAUCUUUUGCGAAAGGAAACUGGCAGAUUCGUUGGAGGGAGUGA